GACGAACACUCUCACCAGUCCGUUUCACAUUUGUCAUCGAAGAUGUCUUGCCAAGCCUUGGAAAGACUCUCGCCGUUCGUUUUCAAGUCUACAGCCAUAUUGAUUUUGGGAAUAUUGACCAGGAUUGUGGAUAGUACCCGGGUGUUGUCUUGUGCUACUAUUUUUGUGGUAUUAUCAUAGUUCCGGUACCUACUGACCUCCAUAGUUUACGUACUGGACUACCACUAAAGACGUGUCUCAUGAAAGAAUGCAAGAGCUAAUUAAAAGAUGUCGAUUGUUGUCUCAUUAUUAUCAAAAUGUCGAAGAACUUCGUUUUGGCCAAGUAGUGCACAUACAUGUCUGACCAGGGAUCAGUAAGUCCGUCACGUCUACCGUCUAGAAUAUCAACCGAAUCCCCGACAAACCCCUCUCAAUCCCCGAAUGUUCUCCUGUAUGAACGAGUGAGGUUGCAAAGUUUUCAAAGUUUCCUUCAUGGAACUGUUGGAAAACAUCCUCGGGUAUUACUGGAGGAUCUACUGAAAGCAGAAGUUUUAUCAUCGAAACUGGUUUUGGCGAUUGAAGACCUUGUGAAUAGCUUGCUUAACAUGCUGGACAAACGGAAACACGUCACGGAGGAUUAUGGGAUGUCUAGCACGACAGAAGACGAGUCCAUAAGAAGUUUUCGCAGUGCUUUGAGAAACAGCGUUAACGCGUUGGAAGGUAUCACCAAUUUGAAGAUAUCGGAAGAGAUGAAACACACGAUGAGUUCAAAGACAUCGGAACACUCCUUGUCGAUGACGCAGGAUAAUCAAGAGCUAAACGUGGAAAAUUACAGCAAAGAGAACCACAGAGCAAUGAAGAUUUCGUUGCACAGCAGCGAGAGCACGACACCUGGAAACGAGAAAUCGUCGUCUCUCUCGACGAGAGGUUUCAACAGCACGUCAUCUUCGGAUCAUACGUCAGGCGAACACGCCACCGUGAGUGGCGGCGAGGAAUCACGUGGCUUAGAAGAUGUUUCACGUUUACAUGACGCUGUAUUGAAGUUGCGUGACGAAAUCGAAGAUUUGGAAAGACAACAAGAAGCUCAAUUCAUUAUGUUUGCGAGUAAGAUUAUGGACACGAAACAAGAUCACGGGCUCAAUGUUCGCCAAAUUCUUGAGAAAAUAGUACAAAAGCUUUCACCGCAAGAUCAAAAUUGGACAUUUCAAGCGCGUCUCAACGAAGGGGAUAUGGAGCAAUUAUUCUAUUUUGUUUUGCUUCAAAAGACUUUAAAAUCCUGUCUCGUUGUUAUGAACUCGAUUACACUUCCAGAAUUACAUGAUUUAAAUAUUGACGCUGAGACCGACAACGACAAACACGACGGAAAAAUCCAGUUGUGUAGUAUGUGUGAACGUGGCUUCAUUGCGAAGGAAUCUGGUAAAUGCGCAGCGGACGAAACGCUUCUCAAAACAAGCAAGCAGCCAUUCAAUUUCAACAGUUCCGACAGCAAUGACGAGCAGCAAAAUAGUUCGGCGAAAACUAGUCUGAAAAGGCCGAACGAAUUCGACGAUGAACAAAAACACAAAAAAAGACGAAAGAGCUAUCUUCUUUCUUGUUUUGCCGGAAAGUGGAUGAGAAAGAGACGCUCUAAGAAAUUGCGGCUAAAUUCUCAAAAAUGAUUGUAAUAAAUGUUAGUGAUUGUAUUUUCCCAUCGUUUUGAUCAUUUCCCAUCACUAUUUGAUCAUACAAAGUAAUAAAUAUUUAGUUUGAAGUGCAUGUGGAAGAUAUUUUGAAUAGAAAAUGUUGAAAAAAUAUCUAUAGCUAGCAAAAAGACAGCGCUUGCUAUGUUGCUAUGGUGAUUGCACAAAGCGCCAAGAAUAAUUUAAAAUUUCAUCACCAUAGUAACGACAAACAGAAAUAUUGAUUGACAAGUGAAAAUAAAAAAAAACAGUUCAAA